AUGGGACAAGAGAAGUUAUCAGAUCAAGAAGAAGUCAAUGAGCUGAUAAAAAAAUUGGAGCUGGCCACUACCUUAAAGAAAAGGGGAAAGGCUACAAAAAGGAUUUACAAAGUAUUGAAUAGUGACAAAGAGAUUGUUAGUUGGAAAUUCAAUGAAUGGGACUAUGCAAAAGAUAAAAUAGAGCUCCCAUCAAACGCAAGAGGUCUCUUUACUUUGGCUGAUGAACCUAGAAUUGCUGUUAGAGGAUAUGAUAAAUUUUUCAAUAUCAACGAGGUACCUAUCACUCGCUGGGAAUGGCUGGAGUCUAAUACUAAAGGGCCUUAUCAAGUUACAGCAAAGGAAAAUGGUUGUAUCAUAUUAAUCUCAGGGCUCAGGGAUGGAACAAUUGUUGUAUGCAGCAAGCAUUCCACUGGUGAUAGACAGGAUGGUACAAAAAACCAUGCUAUUGCUGGACAAAAGUUUCUGGAGCAUCAGUUAAAAUUGAGAAAUUUAUCUACGAAAGAUCUUGCUCUCAAGUUGUAUGAUCUAAAUGUCACUGCUGUCGCUGAAUUCUGUGAUGAUGAUUUUGAAGAGCACAUUAUCCAAUAUAAAAGUGAUAGCGCUGGUUUAUAUCUUCACGGGCUCAACUUGAAUAAACCAUCUUUUGAGACUUAUUCCAUUGAAGAAGUCAGUGACUUCGCUGGUGUUUAUGGCUUCAAAACGGUGGAUCAUUUCACUAUUCAGGAUAUUGCAAGCUUGAAAAAUAGACUCACUGAGUACUCUUUGAGUGGAUGUUAUAAUGGUAAAGAAAUUGAAGGUUUUGUGAUAAGAUGUAAAAAAACAACGAAGCUCAAAGAAGAGGAUUAUUUUUUCAAAUUCAAGUUUGAGGAACCUUAUUUGAUGUAUAGACAGUGGAGAGAAGUCACAAAAGAAUAUCUCAGUCAUAAAGAUAGAUUAUCAAUUAAAUUUUCAAAACAUAGAUUUAUAACAAAUAAAUACUUAGAUUUCGUCAUACCAUUGUUAGAGGAAGACCCGAAGCUUGCUGAAAAUUAUAAUUCAGGUUUCAAGAUCAUUGAGCUUAGAAAUAGGUUCUUAGAAAGCUAUGGUAAAUCGGGUCCAGAAAUUCUGAACCAAGAACUACUUGAUGAAUUGGAAGUUGUGAAUUCAAUGAAAAGUCUGAAGAUUGAUGAAAACACUAAAUUCGUCAUUAUACCUGUUGCAACUAUCGGAUGUGGGAAAACUACCACUUCACAGACCUUGGUGAAUAUUUAUAGUGAUGAAUGGUCUCUGGUGUCAAAUGAUGAUAUUCCAAGUGGAAAGGCGGCAAAGCAUCAGUUUGUCAAGAAAGCUUUGGAGGGUCUGAAAACAAAUAAGGUCGUUAUAAUGGAUAGAAAUAACCAUCAGUUCAGAGAAAGGGAUCAAAUUUUUAAAGAUUUUGCUGAGUUCCGUGAUGAUUAUAUACCUCAUGACACAAAUGUGCAAUUUAUUUGUUUAAAUUUUGUUCCAGAUGACUGUGAUACUGAUAAGGUGUGGGAAAAAACAUACAAUAGAGUAAUUGCAAGAGGAGAUAAUCACCAAUCAAUUAAAGCUGAGACUGAAUCAGCAAAAGUCAAAGGAAUAAUGUCUGGCUUUGUUAAAAGGUUUCAACCUGUGGUUCAGGAGAAAGAACCAGACUCAAAUUUCAAUUCUGUAAUUGACUUAGACUCUACUGGAGAAAGGUCCUCCUAUGAAAAUGUCUUGAAAAUUUUGGACAACUUAAGAGAUAAGUAUCCGGUUCUUAUUGGUGAAUUACCAGCGUCUGGAAUCAUUGAAUCUGCUUUUUCCAGUGCAUUGAAUUAUAAACCUUCGUAUCAUAAAGUCAUGGGAAAGUCUGGGGGACAGGGAAAGGCUAAUAAGAAGAAGGCAACUGGUGAAAAGGAGACAUCAAAUAUUGGAAAUCCUACGAAAAGAAUGAAAGUCAAACCACCUGUUUAUUUCAGCAUUGAUAUCCCAAACAAAGCAGUGGUCACCUCCAGAAUUCAAGAUCUUCUUAUUCAAAAAGGAAGUUUAGCUAAUGUUGAUAAAUCUUUCGGUGACCUCUUGAAAACUAAACUCAUGAAUGAAUUCCAUGUUACAUUAGCACAUUGCAUUCAAGCUAAAAGAGGAAAUGAACUUGAAAAGUUUGUAUGGUCAAAGUACAUCAAUGUUUUUGAAAAUAGAAAAUCAAAAGGUAACCUUCUAGGAUAUAGCGCUGACUUGAAGCUCAAAAGUUUGAUAUGGAAUGAUAUGAUAGCAACAGUCUUGGUGGAUAUUUCACUCAUAUAUCGUGAUGGUUCUAGCAAUGAGCUAAGUGUUAAAUCAGCAAAUAAGUUUCCUCAUAUAACAUACGCAUUAUUGUCAGAAGGCGUCAAGCCCUUCUUUUCCAAUAGUUUAGCUGAAGAUGCUAGUAAAUUUGAUGAUCAAGGUUCUUUUGAUAACGGUGUGCAUAUUUUACAUUUCGAUGAUGAGCCUGUUUUGAAACAGUUGCCUGUCAUUGUCAACUUUUGA